GCCAGCCGAAGUAUCAUCGCCAGAUGCAUUUCAUCGUUCUCGACUCCGCAACCGGAAAUGGUGGUUGGUUGGAACGAUGCGGUUUCUUGCUCGAAAGUCGGCGAUGGCGGCGAUGAUGGGGCGGUGGAAGAAGGCGCUAAACGCUCUAUUCCUGUUCGAGCUUAUUUUUUCUCUACCAGUGUGGAUUUGAGAGGAUUGGCGGAGCAGAACAAGCAGAAUAUUAUACCGCCGACGUCACGAAUGACUAACUAUGUUGUUCUGAAGUUUGGUGAUCUUGCUAGUUCCCCUGGUCCUGGUGUUUUCAUAAGUGGAAGUGACUGCUGUUUUAUGGUGGUGUUCCAGUAUGGUUCCAUCGUGUUGUUUAAUGUUCGUGAAUGUGAUGUGGAUCAGUAUCUGAAAAAUGUUGAAAAACAUGCAUCGGGAUUGCUUCCUGAAAUGAGAAAGGACGAAUAUGAGGUGAGAGAGAUGCCUGCUCUAAAUACAUGGAUGCAAGGUGGAUUGGAUUACAUCAUGUUGCAGUUUUUAGAUAUUGAUGGAAUCCGUACCAUUGGAAGUGUUCUUGGUCAAAGUAUUGCUCUCGACUAUUAUGUGCGCCAGGUUGAUGGGAUGGUUGCGGAAUUUACCGACAUAAAUCGUGGGAUGGAAAAAACAGGAACAUUUACUAUGGACAGAAAGAAACUUUUUCAGAUAGUAGGAAAGGCAAACUCUAAUCUUGCUGAUGUGAUUCUUAAGCUCGGGCUUUUUGAGAGAUCAGAUAUUGCCUGGAAAGAUGCCAAAUACGCCAUAAUCUGGGAAUUUCUGCGAGAUGAAUUUGAAUUAACUCAAAGAUUUGCAGGUCUUGAUUUCAAGUUGAAGUUCGUUGAGCACAACAUUCGGUUUCUUCAAGAAAUUCUUCAAAAUAGGAAAUCAGAUUUUCUGGAGUGGCUCAUCAUUGUGUUGAUAAGCACCGAAAUCGUCAUCUCUCUUUAUGACCUCAUCAAGAGGUCUUUAUGACCCUUGGAUUCAAGCUUUGCAGAUUAAGGUUGCUCCCCUUGUUGGAUUUCUCGCUUCAACUUCUGCUACUGCAAAUUAUAUGCAUACUGUUCCACAGAUCCUCCAUUCCAUUGUUCAUGCACUUCUUUUGGGCCCUAAUCCAUUGAACCAUGAAGUGCAUGCUUCAUCGUAUCAUCGAAGGCUCUAUAACAAACAUCGUGAGCGAGGUUAAUGAUCCCAUGAACUAUCUCAAGACGAUAUUGACAUCAUUGUUGGUCGACAUUUGAAUCAAAGGAAAGACGAUAAUGACAUCAUUGUUUGU